CCUCAUUUACCAAUAUGCUGAAGACACACGUCCACUUGAUCCUCCUGCUUCUAGCACGCUCAGUGAAGACCGAUGAGUACGUUAAAGAGGCGCUUGUGAAGUGCAACUCCACGAAAAGUUCCUUGGAGUGCACAAAAUAUAACGUGUUGAAGUUUAUCCGACAGCUGAACUUGAAUUUGUUGACUGAUAUAGUGAGUGAAUCACAAUCUCGAAGAAAGGAGGUGGAGGUCAGUUUUCCGAAGCAUCAGCCUGAUGACCCGGAGUUGUUGAAGUUCGUGAAGUUUGUGGUCAGAAAGGUCGUAUCCACGGUAUCAUCGUAUGCCCUGGAACUUGGACUGUUUGAAGAUGAGGAAAGUAAGAAUGCAGAUUUGGAGACAGAGAACAACAGUACUGCUGUGUCAAUAAGUAUGAGAAAGCAUAAGGAAAGAGAAGUUGAUCUACCCACAAGGUUGCUAUAUGGGAUGAUGUGGUUCGUGCCUAUCUUUAUACUAUCCAACCUAUUUGUGACAUGGAUAGGAGCUUCCAUUAUGGUAGUCUUCGUAGCAAUCCUGCAGAAUGCUUUAUUUGUACUGCUGAUUUACGCUCCGAUGUUACUAUGGGGCAUUAAGAGCGAAUGUCAGAAGAAUUCUUCCUGGAUCCAGACGUUGCUUGGCUAACGACUGUUUUGUAAAAAUAAAU